AUGGAUGACGGAGACAUUGAAAGCUGUAUGUGGGGGUUGAUGGAGAAACAUGGAUUGACUGGAAAGAAGCUUGCAGUUUUUAGUGUGAAUGAAGCUUUUUCCAUUUCUUCACAACUUUGUCGUGGACUGGGUAUCAUUUGCGAGCAAAAGCAUGUUGAACUGGUGGCUACGUGGAUUGAAGAUUCCAGGCGCAUUGAGCCUCUGGCAAAACGGUUGAGGGGCGAUGUCAGUUUGGAUCCACUUGAAGAGCCGCUGGUUAGGGAGCGUUUUUCCAGAAAAGACAGUUCACGUUUAGAGACCCCUACAGCAAGUGCAGCUUCGUUGGAAGCGCUGAACACGAGGCCUACACGUAGACGUAAUUUGAGUGAUGAGGAGGUGCAUGCAAGGAAGCAACGUGAAGACCAGCAGAAGGAGUACUGGUCCAGGGAAUUAUACCUGGAAUUGAAGAAGUUUGAGGCUCCAGCCUUGCAGCAUCUGGAGCAUUGCGUCAGUGAUCGCCAUCUGCAUAUGGCAUUAGCUGGUCGUACCAGGUACAACACGUUGAAGCGCUAUGUCAAGACCUGGAUGGCUUUCAUGCAAUGGUUGGAAGCGGCAAAGGGGGUGAUUGACUACCCUGUACCUGGUGAUUUGGUGGAGUAUUUAUUUUCAAGGUUUGAUGAGCCUUGCGGGCCGACCAUACCUGUCUUGAUAGUCAAGGCGGUCACAUGGAUGGAACGCACAGCCUGCGUGGAUGACAGGCUGCGAGUUGGGGAAUCGCAGGUGGUCCUGUCAGUCAAGGACUACAUAAUAGAGAUGCUGUCGAAGGAUUCUCCACCAAAAAGGAGGGCACCCAGGUAUCCUGCAGUUUUUCUGGAAUCAUUAGAGGCUAUGGUGGAGAACGACCAACUGCUGAUGGGUACAAGAGCAGUAGCUUGGAUCAAGCUCUUCAAGAUUUGGGCUUCACUCCGUUGGGACGACAUACAGAAAGUGGUCCCUAAGGAGUUGAAGUACUAUGCAGGGCGCAUGACAACAAUCUUGCGUAUCACGAAAACAACAGGGCCCACCAAGAGGGUUCAGGAGCUGCCGGUUUGUGUCUCAGAGCAUGCAUAUGUUACGAGCCCUUUUUGGCUGAAGACUGGGUUCGAUCUUUUCAAGACACAUGCAAACUUUGAACGUGAUUACAUGUUGCCGAAGUUGAAUAGAGACUGGUCUGGUUUUAGGAGAUCCAUGGCGACAUACAAUGAUGUCACUUCGUAUUCCUCAUAUGUUCGCAAAGCUGCCAAACGACCCGGAACAACAGAAGCUCUGUUGGACCCUUCUUUAUCAACCUUCUGGACAGAGCAUUCUGAACGUGCAACGCUUCCAACUGGUUUGGCCCUUUUGAGGACUGCAAAAGAGGAGCGUGACAUGUUAGGUCGUUGGAAGCCUGAUGGAUCAGACACAUACAUCAGGAUGUACAAUGGUGUGGUAGCAAGGCUUCAGAAACAAUAUGCAAAAGCUGUCAGGGUGAACAACAGGACAGGUCUUUUGGAUGAAAGAGAUAUCAUUGAAAGUGCAAUGUCAUGGAUCACGGACAGAUGUGAACAGUUGCCUGAACAUCAGGUGCAGUUGAUUAUUUCUCACUUGGAGGAAUCUAUGCACUGGCAGGUUCAGCCUGGUUGGGAGCUGGCUGGUCAGGUCGGGGAAGAGGAGAAAUCGGAGGACAUCCAGUCGGAGCCCAAUGCAGAUGUUUCACAAGUUCAGAAACUUCAAACAGAAAAGGAGGCCCUAAAGAAGGGCGGAGCGGACCUCAGGUUCACAUUGUCUCGGAAUGACGUUGAUGAUGACUUGCAAGCUGCUUUCUUUACAAAUGGCAUUACAACAGUUCAGAAGUUUUCAUCCUUCUUCAGAUCAGAGGAUGACCUCAUUCAAGUCAUGAAGGAUUCCUUUGCGACAGAUGCAGAUGAGGGCCUUCAAGCGCGGGCACAGUUAGCCUCAGUGAUUUGUGCUUGGAGAGAGACGCAAACAAAACAAAAGAGACAGGCGGAGGUUGAGGCGGAGAUGGACACACGUGAAUGGACAAAGCCCAUACCUACUGGUGACUACAUCAACUUGAGGAAUGCGUUCAUGAGGGCUCAUGGAAAGGUUGAGGACAAGGUCACACCAUCAAAAGAGUACCUUGAGAAAAAGUUACAGGAACUUGAGAAUGGUGAAUUUAGAGCUGAACUGCUGUCGGAGGUGGUAUCGAAGGAUGAGGUGGACCCGGAUAUUAUGGUGCCGGUCUUCGACUCCAAAGGGUCGCUCUCAGUGAAGAAGGGCACAACAUCGGUGGCACUUCCGACAGGGCCGGAGCAACUCAGGAGACGGCUCACAGUGAUGUUGCAUUGUGUUUUGAUGCUUGCUUUGAAACAUACAAACCGUGAAGAGAUUCAAGACAUGAGCCGUGACACCAUGGAGCGCUACAAGGAUUACAUCCUAGGCGAUUACGUCUGGGGCUUGUCAUCGACGGACCUGCAGGGGAAUCAGAUACAGACACCGCCUUGGAGCUUGGUCCUCAGCUACGAGCAUGCAGUGCGGAAGCGUGCAUACAAUUUGAUGAUUACAGAACAUUUGAAAAUUGGAGCUGCUUUGGAACAGGCAUGGAAAUGUCCAGUCAAAAAAGAGCGCCACUUCAUCACGCCCUUAGCCUUAUACAGCAAGCGGUCGAAUCCUAGUGCUUUUUGGGAAAGGUUGAGAAAAGGGACGGUUGAGUUGAUAGAGAAGCAUCUGGGUGAUGAGCGAGCUUUGGACAGGGCAUGCUUUGAGAUGGCAGUACGAGGCGAAGCAGGCUGCAGUAUUGUGAGAGAUGAGAAGCUCAAAAACGAUAUUCGUCUCUUCUGGAUUGACCUGCUCAAACAGCAUGGGUCGAAACAAGAGGGUUUAGACCAUGUGGCCCCAGGGCAACCUUUCCACCUUAGACUCAUGAAGGAGUUACUUGCUUUUGGAGAAGAUGCAGACAGGGAAUUUUUGAUGCAGGGCGAAGUUGGUUACCCUGUGGGUGUUCUUAAUCCAUUGCCGAGGACACCGCACUGCUACGAAGAGCAGACAUCGUGGCGGCUGGAGGACGACCCUCACAUGCAAGAGGAGGUUUGGCGCUCAAACUACCAGUCGGUAGGUGACCAUGUACAAUUUGUGAGGGAGCACUUUGCAGAGGAGUGUGCGGAAGGUUUGAUGGAGAAGCUCACGCUGGAGCAGGCAAAAACCAGGUUUGGAGACAAGGUUGCAAUUUCUUCGCUGGCGGUGUUGGUGGAGCAGAACCACCAAGGAAAAAGGAUUGCAGGUGCAGGGAUCCGAUUGGUGCAUGAGCUUUUAGGUCCACAGAUGCCGGUGGAGCUACUUCUGUUCGCUGACGAUCUUGAAGCUUUGGGUGCAAGUGCCGGCGGUCGGAGAGGAAUAACCCUUGCCUUCCUCUACAUGUCUGCUUUAGGUUUUCCUUUUAAGUGGGCGAAGCAGAGGGGAGGACUUAGAGUGGAGUGGAUUGGACUUUUUUCUGACUACUCCGUUUACAAGCUGGGGUUGUCUCCAUCACGGGCGCGCUGGAUGCACGAUUGGGUGAAGGAACUUGCCGACACUGGUACAACAACAGCAAAGAACUUUGAGCAAGGGCUGGGCCGUCUAGGCUUUGCAGCCAUGGCCUUGACAUGGGAGAGGCCAUUUUUGGGGCCGCUCUACAGCUGGUGUGCGGCCAUCAGAACGAAGCGUGGAGCAUUGCGGGUGCCUGCAAUGUUGAGAACCAUCUUGAGGUUUUUGGCAAGGAGAUUUUUGGAGGGUGGUGAUUUGCAGUGUCCCCCUCCACUUGAACAAUCGGAGGGCAAGCAGAUUACUUUUUAUACAGAUGCCAAGGCCACAGAAGAUUCAGCUUGGAUUGGUGGCUUCAAACAAGAUGCGAGUGGAAAGGUGCUGGAGUGGUUUUCAGAAGAGGUGCCGGUUGCUUGGGCGCCGUGGCUGAAGCUUAAAAGGGAUCCCAAAAGGAUCAUUGCGGCCUUGGAGUUACUGGCUAGUCUGACUUGGAAGAUGCAAUCUGAAGCUGGACUGGGUUCCGCGUGA